AUGGAAACAGAUGAGCCUCCUUCUGCUCCUCCUAAUGCUGCUGAAACUGAUGUUAAUAUGCAAGAUACUAAAACGGAUGGUGCUGGAGACAAUAAUGGCGUGCCUGAAUCUGGAGAUAAAUCAGCUCAGAUGGACACAGAUGUCAAGGUUGAAGCUCCAAAGAAAAAGGUUAAGAAAACCAAUGUACCUGUCUCGGAGAUUAUAUAUGGUGGGUUGUCAGCUGCCGAUGUGCAAAAAGCUGUAGAGAAGGAGUUUGAAAUGGCUUUGCAGGAUCGGAUUAUGGAGGAGACCAAGGACAAGAAGAAUGCGGUUGAGGCUUAUGUUUAUGACAUGCGGAACAAGCUUCAUGACAAGUAUCAUGAGUUUGUAACCGAAUUGGAUAGAGAGCAAGUUAUUGCCAGACUGCAGGAGGUGGAAGAUUGGUUGUACGAGGAUGGUGAAGAUGAAACAAAAGGGGUCUAUAUUGCUAAGCUGGAUGAGCUCAAAAAGCUAGGUGACCCUAUAGAAGAGAGGUACAAGGAGCAUACUGAAAGAGGAGCAGUCAUUGACCAACUCACCUAUUGCAUCAACAGUUACAGAGAAGCUGCUGCGUCGAGUGAUCCCAAGUUCGAUCACAUUGAUCUUGCAGAGAAGCAGAAGGUCCUGAACGAAUGUGUGGAAGCUGAAGCUUGGCUGAGGGAGAAAAAGCAGCACCAGGAUACCCUCCCCAAGUAUGCCACACCGGUUCUUUUGUCUGCCGACAUUAGGAAAAGAGCCGAAGCUCUCGACAGGUUUUGCAGGCCAAUCAUGACGAAACCAAAGCCCACGAAGCCAGCCACUCCCGAGCCACCAGCCCAAAGUGGAGAGGCUCAUUCGCAAGGGACAGAAAAUGCCAGCCCGGCCCGGAGUGCCAGCCCAGAAGACAAUGCUGCAGGAUCUGAAAACCAAGCACCACCAGCUGAGGCAGAGCCCAUGGAGACAGACAAACCGCAGACAACACAGACUUAG